AGUAAGCAGGACUACAUUUCCCAGCAUGCACCGCGACUUCGGAGCCGCACCAACAGCAACAGGCGGUUGGACACUGCAGCGACACAGCGGCGCUCGAGCUGCGACACCGCGGGUUCAGGUUAAAAAUGAGCGACAGCACGGAAGAAUAUCGGGCUACGUUGGUAAUGGAGCGCUCUUCCUACUCUCAGGUUGUUUUUAUGGAUGUGCCUCGCUCUUACCCACCCAGCACUCCUGUAAAGUGCUCUUUCACUGUGACUGGAGAACUGAUACCCACCUCUAAAGACUGGAUCGGCGUUUUUAAGGUUGGCUGGAAUUCGACACAGAAGUACUACAAUUAUGUGUGGGUGGAGCCUCCUUUGGAAAACGAUGGAACUGAGCCCCUUAAACUAGAAGUUGCCUUUAGUGAGUACUACCUUCCUAAGGAUGAUGGGGAGUUCUACCAGUUCUGCUAUGUGGACAGUGGUGGACAGGUCAGAGGAGCCAGCACGCCAUUCUGCUUCCAAAUCCCAGCAGAAUCAAGCCUAGACAGCAGCCUGGAAAAAGACAUUUUAGUGAUUACAACACAGGAACAAGCAGAGCAGAUGGAGAAAGAGAAGAAGGGCUUAGUGACAGAGAUGGAACACUUAAAAGAAGAAAAGAAGAUUUUGAAAAAUGAGCUGGAUGAGAGAUUGCGUGAGAUCCACCGUCUGAGGAUGUACAUAGAUAAACUGAAAGCAGACAGCACAGCUGAGACUCAACCAUCAAAAGAACAGAGGUCUGAGAUUGUUGAACAGGUUACCCGUAAGGAACAGCUUCUCUGUGACGCUGUGGCAGAAGACGAAACCAAACAAGAACAGGAAGUGCCGACAACACCGUCUAUGCAGCCAGCUUCAAUGAUUGGUCUCCAAGACAAAUAUGAUAAGGCCAUGCAGAAGAUCAGCAUGCUGAAGCAGGAGAAACUUCACCUGGAGGAACAGGUCGAAGCCCAGCAGGCAAAGAAUUUACAACUGGAUUCCAAAAUGAAAGAAGCUGAGGAGGAUUUUCACAGACUACAAGAUCAUGUCCAGUUGCUGCAGGUUGAUGUACAAAGCAGCCGGAAAGAGAAUGAAAGGUUGCAUUCCGAAAUUCAAGAGACCAUAAGAGAGGUGGAGGGACUGCGGGUAGAGAACAAGGCUUUAAAAGGAGCUUUAUCAGAACAAGGGCCUUCUGAUGGGGAAAAUGUUAAGGUGCAGACCAUCCUAAAGCAGCUGACAGAAGCCAGAGGAACCCUGCACAAUGAGAUUUCAAACUGCAAUGAGGCAAACAGACGUGCAGAUAAAGCUGAGAUGGAGCUGAAAGAACUGAGGAAGCAGCUUGAGCAAAGACCAGUGGCUGAAGAAAAGCAACAGAACAAAGGCCAGAUUGAGGCCCAGCUUAAGGAAGCCCUGAGAAGAAUUGAUGAACAGGACAACGCUGUGGCAAGGAAUCAAUUAGAAAAGGAAGAACUUUAUGAAGAGAACAAGAAACUCAAAGAAGAUGUAAGCAGAUUACAAAAACAACUGUAUGAACUCCAGGUUGCAUCAGUAGCUGCUGUUGCUAAACCACAAACCAGCCCCAUCAGUCCAUCAUUUACUGAUCCAUUCUCAGGACCAGAGUUGCCCCCCCAUUACUUCGACAAUAUCGCUGAACUCUCAGGGAAUUCAGCUGGGACAGAAAACAAGAAGGUGUGCCGUCACUGUCAAGUGUGUUUUCCUGAAAUCAGUGAAGAUGAACUGACAAUGCACGAGCAAUCUCACAAAGUGUGUCCCUUCUGUACUCUGAUCUGUGAUGAUCUGGAGCAGCAGGAGUUUGAAGACCAUGUGUACAGCCAUGAAUGACCGCCUCAUCUAAGCCCUUCUAAGACAAAUAAGCCAUUGCUAAUUUAAACAUAUUAGAACUUUAAAAAACAUCAGUAAUUCCAUAUGUUGUGGCCUAUCUCUAAAUGUUUCUUCCUACUAAUAUAUUUCAGUAUUUAUUUAUUUCUCACCUAAACAUGCAAUACUGCACUGUGUAAAAUACAGUUGAAAACUGUGAUUGUUUUCAAAUUGCUGUAAUAAUAAGAGCAAUAAUAAACAAUUCUAUCAUUUA